AAAUCAAAGACCUAACUAACAAGAAAUAUCUUGAGUGGCGAGGCCGAGUAGAAGAGCUGAUAUUCUAACACUGAGGAUCGACAAUGAACGAAGUAGGGCUUCAAAAGUCAUUCUCCGAUGUUUCCUCCGAGAUAAAACGACACAUUAACGACAAAGUCGAAGAAGAAGAAGAAGAAGUGAAGCAAGUGAACUGUGAUUGUUGCGGGUUAGAAGAAGAGUGCACCCCUCAAUACAUAGACAGAAUCAAGAACUCGUAUUCGGGCAAAUGGGUCUGCGGCCUUUGUGCCGAAGUAAUCACGGAGAAACUAGGAAAACAAUUCCCGGCAGCCGGAUCAGUGAUGGAAGCCUUAGAGUGGCACAGAGGGUUUUGCGAGAGGUUCAAUUCCACGACGAGACUAAACCCUAAGCUCUAUUUCGCGUAUUCGAUGAGAGAUGUAGCGAAACGGAGCAGCCAAAAUCGAAAGCCGAAUGGUAGUAGGGGUUUGAAGAUUGCUCGAAGUAGUAGCUAUGAUCCACGAAUCCACAAUUAGUUUGUGUAAAAGACGUGUCUCGUUUAAUUUCUUUAAUUUCU